AGCGGGGAGGGGGCGGCGGGAGGAGGGGCGGCCGCGGGCGGCCAUGGCCUGGCCGUGCAUCAGCCGCGUGUGCUGCCUGGCGCGGUUCUGGAGCCAGCUGGACCGCUCGGACCUGGCGGUGCCGCUCACCAUCCGCAACUACUCGGACAUCGAGGAGCAGGACGACGCUCCCGCUCCGCCGCCGCCUCCGCGCCCGCCCGCCGCGGCCCCCCGUCCUCGGCCCGGCCCCGCGCGCAUCUCCCCGCCCGAGCCGUUCCCGGCCGAGACUCAGUACCGACGGGACUUCCGCGCCUGGCCCCUCCCGCGCCGCGCCGCCCGCCCCUGGGUCAGCGCCGGCAGCGGCGGACACCGACCGAGCGCGGCUCCGCCCGCCCCGACCCGCGCCCUGCCCGGCAUCGGCCGCACGGAGCGGCGCCCGCGGGCGGACGGCGGCCACACCACGUCCUACAGGCAAGAGUAUCGCCCUUGGACUGGAGCAAAACCAUCCAAGCCCAUAAAGACAAAGCAAGGCUUCAUUAUCCCAGAUGACCACUUUGUUCAGGAGACAAGUUACAAGGCAGACUAUAAGCAGAUCCCCGAGGUGAAGACCCGGUUCUCCCCCAAUCCUUCUGCUGUUUUCCAGGCGCCAUCGCGGAUCCUCAAUGUGUGAUUCCGGGCCUUUGUCACACCAGGCAGCACCACGGUGGUGCUUCCCACUGGCUGUGUCACUAUGCAACCUUCAUCAGGAGCGCUGGGAUCAGAGAACUGAUGUCAGCAGGAGCAGCUCCAGCCAUCGGGGACGGGCACCCUCCUGUGAAUGCACAGACUGUAAAGUGCUCCAUUCAGAGCCAGCAAAGCAUGCAGUGAGGUGUGACCCAGUUCCUUACGGAGCAGGUUCCUCUGUGCCAGCCAGCUGCAUGCUGAGAUGCUGACAGGGCAGGGCAGCCAGUAAGGCACGCAGCAGCACUGUGCUCCGCUGUGUGCAGCGGGAGGGAGAAAUCAGACAGGAACAAAACUAAAACCAAACCUGCAGAGCAGUGCAGGGCAGGGAGCACCUGCCUGACUUCUCAGCUUGUAGAGCUGCCUCCUGCACACACCUCAGCACAGGGGGGCUGCUCCAAACCCAUGGGGUUGCUGCAGCUCCACGGCAGCUGUGCUGGGCUGUGUGUGCAGGGCACUGAGCGCACACUGCACUUUGGAGGUGUAGGAUGGAUGUAAAUAUCUGUGGGUUGGAUGUAAAUAUUGCACCCCGAUUUUACCUAAAGCAGUUUGUGAUCCUUUAAGGAAGAGGAUGUGCUUCUGCUCUUAAUAAAUGUUAACUCUUUGCAUAUGCAAGUUGGAAAGUAUUGCCUUGAAAUGCCUGAGGUUUUGCCUGCCUGUUGGUGAUGUUAGUAUUAGCGCUAGGAGCAACCAGAAGUGAAUGUUACUUAAAAACUUUUCUUAAAGAAAAAUGUUAACAUGGAAUGUAUGACGCCCCUCAUCGCUACCAUAGGCCAUGUUCAGUGGCAUUGCUCUAAAGCUCAUAUUUUUUAGGUCAGUGCGGAUUUAACUUUUGCUGAUACGUGUGUUUUAUGAAACAUCCUUUUCAGCCUCCCUUCAUCCAGACCGGCAUGGUUGUAGUUUCUAUCUCAGAGACUUAUGCAAUACUACCAGCCUGAUCCUUAUUUCCAGUUUCUACCCACUGCUUUGGAGAAAAAGAUGCAAAAGUUUUCCUUUCUACAUUGGAAACAUACCAGUGUUGUUGGCUAAAAUGAAAGGCAGCUCCUCACACCGAUCAGAAUAGCAUUAAUUGUAACCACGUGGGCUCACAAUGGGGAUUCUCUCUUCACCUUCCCUCAGCUGAGGCCAGUGGCAGAUUGAAUGAGCUCUGAGGAUUAUGCAAACAUGCAGCUGGUGCUGGUAACGGGUCAGAAGAGCAUUGGAAGCAUUAGAGAAGAAACGCACCCAAAGCAUUCAGUUCUCUGCUCAAGGUUUUGCAUGGCGCGUGUUUCUAAGGAGAAACCCAUCUGCUCCAUGAAGCUCUUUGUAAUGUUUUUAACUGGUUUGUCCAGUUUGGGUUCGUUUCAAUCCUGGAUUUUAUUAUCAGAAUAAUGAUAAGAAAAAAGCAUUGCCUCUCCCCUCUGCCUUGUUAAUUCACCCUGUUUCUAAAGACAUCAAACCUGGUUGUAAACAAGCCGAGAAUAUAAUGAGCUUGUAUUUUAUCAAAGGGACUGGAUUUAAUUCAAUUUAAUAAAUUAAGACAUAUUUUGGCUA